UGGGCGGAUGGGUAGCUCCUAGAGUUUGUGCAUUUAGACUCUGAAAUUAUUGUCCUUGAGAACAGGAGGAUUUAGACUUGAAGAGAGGCACAGCCGUCAAACACACCGUCAACAUGCUGAUUCUACUCGCUGCCAUCUUCGUCCUUCACAUCAUAGGCAUCAUCCUCCUCCUGGUGGCCACCAUUGACAAUGCCUGGUGGAUGACCGACACCAUAUCCACUGACGUGUGGUUCCGGUGGAUGCUGCAACCAAACGGAGUGUGGAACACCACCGAUCUGCCCCCACACUACCCAACGGAAUACCUCCAGGCAGUGCAGGCCAGCUCAGUGCUAGCUUGUAUAUUCUCCAUCCUGGGCAUCUUCGUGUUUGUGGCUCAGCUCUUCACCCUCCCGAAAGGAGAGAGGUUCACCAUCUCCGGCAUCUUUCAGCUCCUUGCCUGCCUGUGCAUCAUGAUCGCAGCCUCCAUCUACACAGACCGCUUCCACCUCGACGAGUCCGGUUGGUACGGUCACUGCUUCAUCCUGGCGUGGAUCUCCUUCGCCCUCACGUUCUUCUCCUCCAUCACUUACUUUGUGCUACGCAAGAAGACAGCAGCAUGAGACGGACACUAGAACACGCUCCAACCAGCCCAAAACCUCUGGCUGGAUCUACUCUUCCAGCUGAAAUCUGGUUUCUAGUCGCAGAUGGUGUAAACAUUGUUUAUAUUGUCCCGUUGUGGACAUCAGAUUUGAGCUGCUAGUGUAUAUUCAGCUACAGAUAAAAGCCGACCUAUUGACCCUCUCAAAUACAUACUGGUGUUUAAUUGAGCCUGCUGUCAGAUAGUCCGGGUUUCACACUUUGUGGGGUGUUUAUUCUGCAGUAAAAGGCGAGUUCAAUCAAUCACGACGGGUAUUUGAGUGCAGUUUCAACCCAGAGUUUGAGCUGGAUUUCUAAGGCAUCUACAGAUUAAUAAUAUUAUUGUUGUUAACUGAACAAAGUUUGCCUUUCGAUUUAAGAUGCUAUGAUGAAUUAAGAUCCAUCAAUGUUUCUGGCUUUAACAAAGGCAGGUUGAAGAGUAAAAUCUGUGGUCUUUGUUGUUGUUGUUGUUGUUGUUGUAAUGUACAUUUACGUAUGGAUAUGAGUGUUGGAUAAAAAGGGGCGAGUUUAUGAUUUUAGUUUAUCAUCUUUUUUCCCGUUAUCUUAUUGUUAGUUCAUCAAUUCUAUUUCAUUUAUCUGCUCCGGUCUUAUUUUAAAUAAUUAAACAGAGUCACUACAACGUGACCGGCAAAGUCUUAAAAAAAGAUUUUUGCAGAUAUGCGUGGGAGACUAUGUGACGAUAUAAAAUGUAAAAUCAGUAUAAAACAAAUAACACAGAAGCUUUUCUUUUGUAAUUAUUUGUGACUAAGAAGACAUCACACUGGUUCAUGUGUGGGGGUACACUACAUUACUGUGUCGAUACAAAGCAUAAAUAUAGGUCAGAGUAAUGAACCCCAAAGUUUCUGUUCCGGCCAUUCCAAGCAACAGUAUUUGAGUGAAUCUGAGUUCCACUAGCCUAGUAUGUUUGAAAUGUACCUAAAUCCACUAAUCUAGUAUCUUUAUGACAGUUAAUCCACAGAUAUACUGGUAAUAUGUGCUCUGUUUCCACGCAGUGUGACAGGAAGGCAAACUGCCUCGUAACUUAACGCGUGAGAUAUCAUUUGUAAAUAUGUCUUGUUUCCCAUAAUGCUCUGUAUGUCUAAUGCUGUUGUAUUUUUGCUACUGCUAUUGCUUAUUAUGGACGACAAUGACAAUGAUUUCUACGACUUCAUUAAAACUUGAUUUUCAACCAAUUA